AUGCAUCUACUGGCCAGUGCACCCUGUCUCGACUCGAAGGCUUUCUGCAUCGCCAUCGACGCCUGCGGACGCGGCAGCGCGUGGCUGAAGGCUCUCCGCUUCUUUUCCCUCGCGAUCUCGGGCCCGGGCGGCGCGGACAGGGCCAUCCUGAACGCCGCGGGCGCUGCCUGCACACGUGGGGGUGAAUGGCAGAGGGCUUUGCACAUCUUGUUGGGCACCCGCAUGGGCGCCCCGUGUGACACCGUUACAUAUGGUUCUGCGAUUGCAGCGUGCAGCCUGGGACGCGAAUGGACACUUUGUCUUCUUCUUCUGCGCGAGAUGUCGACGAGCUCGCUGGUGGCAAGUGCAGCCUGCAUCAGCGCAGCAGUAGCCGCAUGUGAGAAGGGGUCGCAGUGGAUUCAAGCACUGUCAUUAUUGUAUGCUGGCAGCAGCUCAUGGAAUGGAGCCUCGGUCGGGGCGGCGAUGGCUACUCUUUGCAACACUUCGCAGUGGGAGAAGUCUUUGCAUCUUCUGUCUUCGGCAGCCGAUGCAUGCUUCCUCGACUCGCCGGCUAUUUCCUCAACGAUCCUUGCAUGUGAGCUGGCUCUGGCCUGGCGAGCCGCCUUCCAGCUUCAUGAUGAGACCUUGAAGGCAUUCAAGGCAGGCAAGGGAGGCCAGGUCCUGGACACCACCGCGCUCCUGGCACCCACGAAGUGUGGCUUGGCCCUGAGCUCGGGCUCCCAGAGCUCGUUGCAAUGUGUUGCCGGCAUCUUGCGAGGAGCGCUGGGGGGGGAUGCCUUUGUCGAGCAGGAAUCCACCUUAACCUUGCUCCUCCAGCUGAGCCUUCUUGCAAAAGGGUCCCCUCUUUGUCGGGCAUUUCAUCGACGAGUCAUAGCGGCAGCGCGGCUUGAAUUGGCAAGGCACCGUCCAGGCGUUUCUACAUCAGUCAUGCUGGCCGCUCUCGCAGACCUCGGGCCGGAGUACUCGCGCGAAGUCCUUUCUUGGGAUUUAGGUGAGUCGUCAACACCCAGCUCCGGCCAGCAAGUUGCGGCCCGAGCUGUUUCCUCAAGUUUUCUGUCUGAGUCUUUGGCCUUGGUGUCACCAGUGCGUCCGGUGGCGCGUCGAUUGCGGGCAUGGCUCUCGGCCGGCCUGCUCCAUCGUGGCGUGGGCAUCGAGAUUCAGGAAGUCAUGCUGUCAGGUAGCGACUUCAAGCUUCGGACUUCUUGCAGUGAGCCGUCAAGUUGA